AUGCUGACCUCCGUCGAUGGAAUCAAAGGACAAGUCUUUGACUAUAUCAUCAUUGGUGGUGGAACUACCGGUCUCGUUUUAGCGACACGUCUGUCAGAAAACCCAUCGACUUCGGUGCUUGUCUUGGAGGCAGGCAGUGCUCAUAUCGAUGAUGCCAAUCUACUGAUACCUCAACAACGUUGGUUGUUUAUGGGCAAAGCUGAAUACGACUGGAACUUUAAAACUGUCAGUCUCUCCGACUCGCAAAGGAAACACAACAUCAUGCCAAAGACAGAAUAUUCGCUUGGCCUAGGGGAAAAGGACUGGGAGGCAGUUCCGCAAUCAAUAAUCUCCUCUGGAAUAAGCCAGCGCGCCAGCACAUUGAAGGCGAGCUUUAUUUGCCUAGAUCGACGCCUCCUUAACACACCAACAGCAUGGGGUGCGCUUGGCAACGAUGGUUGGACUUGGGAAAAAUUUCAGGCAUAUUCCAAGAAAUCUGAGAGGUUUGUGAAGCCGAACCAUAACACGGAUGUUUUGACGUAUGAUACAAAGCUUCACGGAGAGCAUGGCCCCAUCGUCACGUCAUUUCCUCCGCUUAUUUCAAACCUUGAGGAAGAUUUCAGGAAGGCAAUGGAGGCUCACAAUGUCCCGACUAUUCAAGAUGCGAAGUUUCGCAUCCAGUUCUCCGGGGAGAUCCGCGGAACAUCUCCCACUCUGUCCAAUUUGGACCCAUCGACGCAUCAUCGAUCUUAUGCUACUAACAUGUAUUAUCAACCAGUUGCAGGCCGUACCAACCUAAAGGUCAUCGUUGAUGCCUAUGUGACCGAGAUCAUUACAACGAAAGCCAAUGGAUUAAUCACUGCCACUGGUGUCAAAUUUGUCAAAAGCGACAAUACCUACACGGCAAAUGUCGCUGGCGAAGUGUGCCUAACGGCUGGUACAAUUAUGUCUCCGAAGAUACUUGAAAUGUCUGGCAUCGGUGAUCCCGCUGUUCUUCGACGGGCGGGUAUUGAUGUGAAACUUGACCUCCCUGGUGUUGGAACGAAUGUUCAGGAACAUCUAUACACAGGAGUAACCUUCGAGUUGACGGAUCACUUUGCGGGCGAGCAGGAGGUCAAUACCUUUGACUCUCUCGUCACCAAUCUUGGCUUGCAACAAGAGCUGUUUGCAUCUGGCAAAGGCACUUUGAACCUUAACACUGUCGAGAUCGCAUUCGUUGCGUUAGCUGAUAUCUCACCCGAACUCAAUGCAAAAGUAAUCGCAUCCUUGCAAACUGAGGAGAAGGACGCAGGACUCGCCGCGCAGUACAAGAUACAAGCAGAGCAUCUUCGGGAGAAGGUCCCUAGUCUCGAAGUCAUACUGGCUCCAGGACCCGCAAAGCCACCCCUGCAGGGGUGGGAUGCCUCGAAGAAGCAUAUUUCACUCUGUUUUGCAACCAACUGUCCGCUUUCUCGUGGAACCAUACAUGUUACAUCCAAAGAUUCGCUUGCGAUUGACCCGCAUGUUUUCGAGAAUAGAUUCGACCUGGAUACCAUGGUUGAAUUAGUCAAGUAUUGCAGGAAGUUAGCUCAGACGCCUCCCUUGAAAGGAGAAGGAGAGGGCCGACUCAAAGAAAUUCAUCCCGGACCGGACUGUCAAGAUGAUGCCGCCAUCGCAGAAUGGAUUUGCAACAAUGUCAGCACGACCUUUCAUACUGCUGGUUCAUGUUCCAUGCUUCCGAAGGAAUUGAACGGCGUCGUCGAUCCUCAACUCAAGGUAUGGGGCACCCACAAUAUCAGAAUCGCCGACUUGUCGAUCAUCCCACUCCAUGUUGGCAGCCACACUCAAUCUGUGGCAUAUGCUAUAGCAGAACAAGCUGCGGACAUCAUCAAGGCGGCCCACAAGUAG